AUGGUGGAUCCAGGAAGCUCAUCAGCUUCCAUUUUCAACAUGUUACAGGACCACAUACUCGAAAUACCCAGAGUUCCAGCUCUUCCCACUGAAGUUUGGGAGCGAGUGAUCGACUUUAUCCCGGCGGUCGACCGGAUGGGUGGAUUUCGAGAUAGCCGUCAAGAUCUGUUUGCAUGUGCGCUGACAUGUCGAGCAUGGCUGCCUAGGAGCCGGCUUCAUCUUUUCUAUCGCGUUGAGAUCCCAACUUCUCGCCAUCUCUCCUCUUUCGCUAAACAGAUUCGCCUAUAUCCCUUUCUGGAGGAAUUUGUCAGAGAGGUUGCAUUGUGGCCGUUUGAGAAGCAGUCAAAGGCAGUUGGAACCUUUCCGUUAAUGCUCGCUCGGAAAUUGAAGUCGGUUCGCAUUUUGCACAUUAACAUGCAUACUACGGAUGAUUAUGUCUUUCCUCCCACACACGACGUCUUCCAUAUCUCCUUAUGUGAGUUCACGUCCGUUACCACCCUCGAGCUGAACUACGUCAAGUUCUCGACCUACACUGCCAUGGGUCGCCUCCUAUCCUCCCUCCCUCACCUCUCCGUGCUAGCCUGCAAUGCGUUGUAUGUGUCAAAAGACAUUUACAGUAAAACCAUUGAGCUACGCAAACCGCGAAGGAGCCUCUCUUGCCUUGCCAUGCAGUUCAUGGAGAUGUCAGGAAACAUGGUCGAGUGUUUGCUUGCGGAUAUGUCUACUGCGUCUCUCGCGACAAUCAUAAUCAUGGAUGCCCGACAGGAGGAUAUCAAUCAUAUUGACAGAUUGCUGCAAGCCUCAGGGAAGUCUUUGCAACAUUUUCAGCUCAAUCAGUAUAGGGACUUAUGGGUAACCAGUGUUCUACCAGCCGAAAAGAAGCCAAUACUAGCAGAUAAUUCAGGACUCAAAUCGAUUUGCCUGGAGCUAGCCGACGGUGCUUCGUGGAUAUCGGCAAUUCUCAUUCAGUUGAAGUCUGCAGCUCUGAAAUCUAUCAUUCUGGAAGUAUCGCCAUUCCUUACGGAAUCCCACCUCGAUACAUAUGGCUGUGACGAUAUCGACGCGAUUAUUUCGUCUGAACCUUUAUCGAAGAAGCUGGUACAACUCAUAUUUCAAUAUAGAUUCGAGACGAAGCAAGACAAGGAAGUUUGGAUGAAGUCCGAAAUUCCACGUCGUUUUCCGCGCUCGGCUACCCGUAGCAUAAUACGCUUUCAACGUACUCAUCGAGACCAAGCAUGGUGGGAGACUGGGUGA